ACGAUCUGUCAAAGUAGAAGCAUUACGAUCAACAACAACAAAAAAGUGCGGUUAUGUUCUAGUAAAACUAAAAAGUCGAAUUUUAAAGAAAAUGCCUAACUGGAACCAAAUUCAAGCUCAGUUGAGGCACCCUGCCAACCCCGUGGUCUUUUUCGACAUUUCCGUUGGCACAACGGAAAUUGGUCGAAUGAUUUUCGAACUUUUCGCAGACGCUGUUCCCAAAACCAGUGAGAAUUUCCGCCAGUUUUGCACCGGAGAGUUCCGAAAGGAUGGGGUUCCGUUGGGUUACAAAGGAGCUAGUUUUCAUAGGGUUAUCAAAGAUUUUAUGAUUCAAGGAGGCGAUUUUGUUAACGGUGAUGGAACCGGCGUUAUGAGUAUUUACGGCGGGGGGACUUUUCCUGAUGAGAACUUCAACUUGAAGCAUGAUGCUCCAGGACUUUUAUCUAUGGCGAAUAGUGGGAAAGACACAAAUGGGUGCCAGUUUUUUAUAACUUGUGCCAAGUGUAAUUUUCUGGAUGGUAAACACGUGGUAUUUGGGAGGGUCAUUGAUGGACUACUUGUUAUGAGGAAAAUUGAGAAUGUACCGACGGGGCCCAAUAACAAGCCGAAAAUACCCGUGACGAUUAUACAGUGCGGGCAAAUGUAGAUAUAAGCAGUAAAAUAUUUUUUAAGCAGAA